AAUGUAUUCCCUCUCUCUCACUCUCUCUGUCGCUGUAUGUGUGCAUGCCUGUUUCUCUCCCCUCCCUCCACAGCAAAAUUUGACUUGCUAAUUGCCUGAGAUAUGGUAGAGAGAGGGUAGAGAGUGAGUGAAAAGGAGGGAGAGAGAGAGAGAGAGAGAGGAUGCAGCAGUAAAAGAUGAUGGGCUUUCUACGGUUUGCAGAAAGGCUCGGCUUGUUCUCCCUUACCAGGAUGAGAGCGUAUGAACAGGUUCUCUCUUCUUCCUUCGGCAGCCACGCUGCAUCAGCUAUGGAUUUCCUGUGAUGCCUGCGCUUGUAGCCAGCCACGUUUUUCAGUAACCUUUUUUUCCUCUCCUCGUCAUCUCAUUCAGACCGUCUCUCCGCUCUGAACUGGGUUGGCUCUCAUUGUCCUCUAACCGCAGCUCGCUUAUGAGCACAGAAUGUGGAUUACACGACACUGUGACUUGCCAACCUCUCAUCUGAGCAAACAUUGCAAUGCAACGAAACAUUGAUCCGGAGGAAUUUUGAAGCUCACUGGGGAAAUUAAACAGGUGGAGUGGAGACACAUGGCAGGGGCUCUUCUGAGACUAACUGUUGUGAAUGGACUGCAAGGGAUUUUCUUUUACUUGUACCGUAGGUUGCAUAAUACCAGAGUCUAGACCAUACCCUAACCUCCUGUCUGCAAAUCCCAGACAGUGAGCACCGCUUCCACAGAUCCAAAAAGGAUGGAGGGAUGGAGUGCAAGCCAUCUGCGAGAUGGGAAAGAGAUGGGGAGAAGCAUCUGUGAAUGAAUGGAAGCCGAAAACGGAUACAACGCCUCGUGAUUACAUACCCUACCAUUUGGAUUGAGCCUCCUUUGUUGGGUCUGGAGAUUGAUGGCACUUCUUUCUGUUUCGCUCCUGUGCUUGCAGUUCCCUCCCGGUCAUUUCCAUUUCUAACACACUCUUUGAAUUGUCCUACAUAUUUUCAGGUUCUUCAUGCUAAAGAAUGACUACAGGAAACAUUGAGCAAUCUAUGCAUGUCAAUCUUUUUUUAAUUGUUUGACAUCUGAUGGCCUAUUCAAGUUCUACCUUGGGCCCUCAGGUCUAGCUGUUUCGUCUGUCAGUCCAAUAGAGCCACCUUUCUCUAAAGGGCUCCGAGAUUCCACUGCUACCCACAUGAGCCACUCAGGAACCUUGCAGCGACGAACCACCUACCUCAUCUCCCUCACUCUGGUCAAGGUCGAGGCCAUAGGGACAGAUGAAGGGGCCGAGCCAACAAAACCACAGACUCCAGCCCUUGUCCAGGGUCCAGAACAUGGAGAACAAACACAGACGCAACCAACGGAGGAGGAAAAAGUAGAAGAGGUAAACAAGACUCCAGAAAAUGAGGUGGAAAAUGUAUCUUCUGAGAUCGAGGAGCAGAAGGUUGAGGUUAGGGGAUGGAAGCCUACUAAUGAGAGGAGACAAGAGAGCAACAAUGCAUGUCCAGUCAGAGCACCUCCACCAAAGCCUAAGGUGGUCGGUAAAUACAAGGGCAGGGAACUUCACAAAGAGGUCAGGAGUGCUGGAGUUUCUCCUGAUGGUGAGGAAACAUCUAGAAUGGAAGCAUCUUACAAGGCAGACCUUUACACCCCAACAUCAGAAAAAGCCUCAGAUGUUGAGGUGUCGAACGGGACUUCAGUCCGUUCUAGCCUUCCAGUACGUCUCAACCAGCGUCCUGAGGCCCUGCUGAGAUCCCACGCUGUGGUUACAAUGAAUCGGCGUGAGCUCAAGGAGACCAGCAAGACCAUCUCCUCCUCAGCCAAAAGCCUGGACUACAAGGCCAGAGAGCACUCACCUCCGGUGACCAUCACCAUGACGAUGGGGCCCUAUCGAGCUUCUUGGUCAGAGAGCGAGGGGAGAGGCAUGUACCAGCGUUUCGGCAUUGAGCCUUUAAUGGUAGCGGAAGAAGGGUUCACAGGACCUGGACUCACGCGGGACAGUCCUCGAGUGGAGAAGCUUAAAACAAUAUCGACAUCACUUCCGGCUCCCGCCGUACGGCCGCCGACAAAACCACAGCGGAAGGGCAAGAGCCGUACACUGGACAAUAGUGACCUGCAUCUGCUCUCAGAGGACCUGAAGAAGGGAAAGGAGCAGCGUGCUUCUACCCAGGCCUCGGGGAAAGACCGAAAAAUGCUGAAGUUCAUCAGCGGCAUUUUCACCAAGAGCACCCAGUCCCCUGCAACCACCCCAGCCACUCCAGCAACUCCGAUCCCACUUCACAGCCCCAUGCAGCGAGGGUCCAGUGAGGAAGAAGCAUGUGCUGCGAGUCAAGAAUGGAUGUUAAGUCGUGCCAUCCAGGAUCUCCGGCUGGGGAUCCUUGGGGGACUGCUCAGUGGAAAAUCAGCCCUGGUUCAUCGCUACAUGACGGGCAGCUAUCUGCCUCUCGAGAGUCCUGAGGGAGGCAGGUUUAAAAAGGAAGUACUGGUUGAUGGACAGAGUCACCUCUUACUGAUGAGAGAGGAACCUGGCCUUCCAGACGCAGAGUUCUGCAGCUGGGUGGAUGGAGUGAUACUGGUGUUCAGUCUGGAGAAUGAGAGCAGCUUUUUGGAAGUCUACAACAUCUACAGGCAGCUGAGCCUUCACCGCAACAUUGCAGAAAUCCCCUUCAUCGUGGUUGGCACUCAGGAUAAAAUAACCAGCACUAAUCCUCGUGUGAUCGAUGAUGCUCGAGCGAGGCAGCUGUGCACAGAUGUCCAUCGCUGCACCUACUAUGAGACGUGCGCCACCUACGGGCUGAACGUUAACCGGGUCUUCACAGAGGCUGCUCAGAAGAUCGUCACAAUGAAGAGGCAGCUGGCUCUGUAUGCUUCCUGUAAAUCUCUCCCAAACUCUCCCAGUCACUCUGGAGGAUCCACUCCACUAUCAGGAGCUUAUCCAGGACAGGCCAGUAAUGGUGGUCAGAGUAGUGAUUACUCCUCCUCUCUGCCCUCCACUCCAGUAAUCAGUCAUAAAGACAUCAGUGGGACAUCUGGGGGAGAGAAGCUGGGCAGUGCCACCCCCGUAUCGCUGCGCAGCCAUGGCCGAACUGCCCGAUUCACAGCACGUCGAGGCAGUGACUCAGAGAGGAGGAGCGUUGACAGCAAAGGAGAUUUUGGAAUCGGCCGUGCGAUCCCAAUCAAACAGAGCAUCCUCCUGAAACGCAGUGGGAGCUCCCUUAAACAGGAGUGGAAGAAGAAAUAUGUGACUCUAUCAAACAAUGGAAUGCUGUCUUACCACUCCAAUGUCAGCGAUUACAUGCAGAAUGUUCAUGGGAAGGAGAUAGACCUUCUGAGGGUAACGGUUAAGGUUCCAGGGAAACGUCCCCCCAGAGCGGCACCAUCAACUGGACCCCUGCCUGGACUGAAUGGAUUAGUCCAAGACGUAGCAGGACUUGAAGGAAGUGGUUCAGCUGCCGGCUUCCCGAGUGGACUCAUAACUGUGGACGAGGGAGCCGGAGUCAUGAGCCCUGCGGGUCACCGAGAGGUGCAGCGAGCACCGUUCACCCUCUCUAGCAAAGUUCAGAGUAUUGAGAUUGAGGGAGUGUUGAGCCCCCCACUGAUAAAAGACCCCAGUACAUCUCCAGUGACUGACCGGAAGAAGCAUCGGAGGAAGAAGAGUAUGAAUCAGAGAGCGGACACGACCAUCGGUCAAGCUGAAGCUAAGCGCAAAAUGUGGAAACUGAAAAGCUUCGGUAGCUUAAGAAACAUUAACAAGACAGAUGAUGAGAACUGCGAGUUCCUGAUUGUGUCCAGCACCGGACAGACAUGGCACUUUGAGGCUCAGAGUCAGGAGGAGCGGGAUUCCUGGGUACAAGCCAUCGAGAGCCAGAUCCUGGCUUGCCUGCAGUCCUGCGAGAGCAGCAGGAACAAGGCGAGAAGGAACAGCCAGAGUGAAGCAGUGGCUAUUCAGGCCAUUCGUAAUGCUAAAGGGAACAGCUUCUGUGUGGAUUGUGACGCCCCCAAUCCAACAUGGGCCAGUCUAAACCUGGGUGCACUGAUCUGCAUCGAGUGCUCAGGUAUCCACAGGAAUCUGGGCACUCAUCUGUCCCGCGUGCGCUCCCUCGACUUGGACGACUGGCCCUACGAGCUCACCCUGGUGCUCAUCGCUAUUGGUAACCACACAGCCAACAGCAUCUGGGAGAGUCGAACCAGAGGCCGUCAUAAACCCCGUCCUGAUGCCACGCGUGAGGAACGCGAGUCAUGGAUUCGGGCCAAAUAUGAGCAGAAGCUGUUUUUGGCUCCACUCUCCUCUCUGAGUGACAGCUUAGACGGAUCCCUGUCUGCUCGCCUCUAUAAAGCUGUGAUGGACAGAGACCUCCCCAAACUCCUCUUCCUGCUGGCACACAGCACUAAAGAAGAAAUCAACACCCCGUCUUCCUACAUGAUGCGAUACGGCAAUGGAGCGGUCCAUGAAUCAUUUUCUCCCCUGCAUGCCGCCUGCCAGCUGGGAGAUGUUGUCAUGACUCAGCUGCUGAUCUGGUACGGUAGUGAUGUGAGGAGCAGGGACGCUCUGGGUCAGACAGCUGUCGCCCUGGCACGCCGUGCUGGGAGUCAGGUUUGCGUAGACAUUCUGCUGCAGCAUGGCUGCCCUGCUGAAAUCAGCCCCACCACCUCCACCCCCCCGACCACGUCCCCAUCCGGGGCCGCCAGCCCAAGCCUGUCCCGCAACAGCAGCUCUGCCAGCCUCAGCCGACCCAGCUCCAAAAGAGCCAUGUCAUAACACUGGAGCCUGAGGUCUGAGGUAGAAGGUAAGGAAUUGGAGGUACCAUCAUUCUAUGUAUGGCUCUUAUGGAUGGAUCAGUGCAACCGCUGGAUUGCCACCCAUAUGUACUGCAACACUUCAGGACAUCACCAGACUUUUCAUUUAUUUCAGUAGAAGGGCUCAAACCUCAUCGCAUCACAAAAACUCAAAGCAGGAGAGUAAAAGGUAAAACUGCUUCUACUGAUGAGUCCUUCUCCAAGAUCAUUCCAAUCAACUACAUUAAUAGUCCAAAGACGUGUAGACACCUGUUCCUCCAGUAUUUCUUAAUAUAAGAAUAUAAGUAUUUCUUCUAUUAAUAGUGAGUUUGCCUCUCUUUACUGCAGUACCAGGCUCUACUCUUCUGGGAAGACUUUAAGCUAGAUAUUGGAACAUUCCUGUGACAAAUUAAUUAAGCGUUUGUGAGGUCAGGUACUGUUGUUGGAUGGUCAGUUCUGAAUCACUCCAAUGCAUCCCAAAGGUAUUGGAUGGAGCUCCAUCACUCCAGAGAACACAGUCCCGCUGCUCCACAGCCCAAUGCCAGGGGGCUUUAUCCUCUAGCCCAUGCUUGGCAUUGGACAUGGAGACCUUAGGACCAUGUGUAGCUGCUUUUCUAUAAUGAUUAUUAUACACGCUGUGUGAACACCUGCAUCAGCAAUGUUUGCAGCUGAAUUUGAAGAGUGUCUGGAUACAUUUGGUCUUUAUUUAGACCUAAUGCCUAAAAGUGUCCAAAGGAAAAACACUUUUAGGUACAACCUUCCAGAACGAGGUCAUCCCACCCUGAAAUAGAACAACAAAGCAACUUCAGGUCCUCCAUAUUGUGGUCCUGACUGACAAACUCAUGUGCAUGUGUGAGUUGGAGGUCUAGAGAGUCUUCUGAUUGUUUCCUGCUUGCAGCCUUUCUGAACAAGAAAGAAAGAAUCCUGCAGUUCCUCUCAUUUUCCAUCAAUGUAGACUUGACAUUCAUAAUAUGAAUAAAAGUCUAAGAGCUCAGAUUCAGAGGCCUGCAAUAACUGGAAGACUUUCUUUGGGAGGAAGACAAAUUCAGGAUAAACCUCUUAACAUCUCACAGACCAAGAAAGCUGAGGUUUGGUUUCGUAUUCACCAGCUUCUUUUUCAGUUUUUUCAUUCCACCUUAAAUAUAAUAUUAGUAUCUUUUCCGCUGUAGGGCUGCAUGGUUCUGAGGGCCGAGAAUAAAUAUUCCAGUUUCCUUAAUACAGCUUACCCAUCCUCAGGGCUGCAGAACCUUUUGGACUUGACAGAACUAUUCACUGGUUCUACAUUACCGUCACUUUUGUGCGCUUCAUCCUGAAUUAUUUUAAAAACGAAAAAAAAAAAAGUUCAUGAUUUUCAGUCCGUCAACUAAUUAAUGUCAAAACAUCAAUCUAACAAGAAUUGCAGAAUGUGGUGCUAGCUAGCAGAGAU